AUGAGUAAGAAACUUGGUUUUAAUAUAUCAGAUCUCCUUUCUCAACCUGCCAAUUUAUCUGUAUCUCCGACAACUUCAACAUCCCUAUCAGCAACAUCAGAUUUAGCAACUUCUUCUAAUGAAUAUCAACAAGAACGACAAGAAGUUGAAUCGUCUUCAAUUUCAUCAAUAACAGUACCGAUAAAUGAAAGUAAUAAUCAUUUAUCAAAUUAUGAACAAUUAAUGAGAGCUUCAUCGAUUUAUCGUAAUCAAGAUUAUUCUUUAUUACCCAUUGUUAAUGGAACUUAUCCAUGGAUUCAGACAGAUAGUGUACUAAAAGAUCGUUUCUCGUUAUUCCAUAAUCAACGACGUUUAGGUCAUCCAUACCAAAAUCGAACACCACCAAAAAGAAAAAAACCUCGAACAUCAUUUACACGUUUACAAAUUCUUGAAUUAGAGAAACGUUUUCAUCGACAAAAAUAUUUAGCAUCAUCAGAACGUUCUCAAUUAGCUAAAGGUUUAAAAAUGACAGAUGCACAAGUAAAAACAUGGUUUCAAAAUCGUCGAACGAAAUGGCGACGACAAACAGCUGAAGAACGUGAACAAGAACGACAAGCAGCAAAUCGGCUUGUAUUAACAAAUCCUCAUCAUCAUCGUUCAUUAUCAUCAAGUCCAAAAUUAGCAUCACCAUCUAAUCAAAUAUCAACGGACAAUAAUAAUUCAUUAAUAUAUUCAAGUGCAUCUUUAAAUGCUUUACAAAAUUUACAACCAUGGUCAACACCAUCAAAUCAUUCGAAUUUAUCAUCAAGAUCAUCGUCAUCUGAUGAUAGUAAUCAACGAACAAAUAAUCGACAAUAA